CACAAAGCUAGUUGUUCAACCUCCUGUCUGUAUGCAGAUUCGUCAUUGUCUUGAAUGAUACCAAUCACUGUUGUAUUAUCUGCAAACUUCAGUACUUUAACAGAGGGAUCCUUUGAGAUGCAGUCACUGGAGAGAAGAGAAGUGGAGAGAGCACAUAGCCCUGGGGAGAGGCUGUGCUAAUUGUACAGCUCAGAGGAUCAUCAGAAGGAGGAAACUGGAAAGAGAAUAUCAGUCUGAAUCCUGAUAUUUUUUGUCACUAGGAAAAAAAUACGAGGAAAAAUUACAGAGGAAUCACAACAAAUAAAGCAGGCGUAAGUUGAAUAAGCAAACUUGGACAAAAGUUUUGAUCUGCAACAUUUGGAAGAUGAUUGGACCCAAGAAAGAAUUAAGGACAACUGACAUAGAAGACGAUUCUGGAAUUUAUGAUCCUUUCACUCCUGAGAGGACGACUGAUGCAAAGAGGGCAAGAAAUGAUGGUAAAUGCAAAGCUCUCAUACUUAAGUGGAUUUUCAACACUAAAUGCAUUAUAGCAUCUUAUAUCCUGAACGUCAUUUCGGUUAUCUUUAUAAUUGUGUUGGCUGUUAAACCUUAUGAAGAAAAACCUUGUCCAAUUUGUGCUCCCUGUGUACGUUUUGCCUGCCCAGAGUCUUGGAUUAUAAAUGACGGGAAGUAUUUCUAUGUAUCAAAAGAAGCAGCAAAUUGGUCUACAAGUUGGAACAUCUGUUCCUCAUUUAAUGCCUCCUUGGCUGUGAUUGCUACACAGAAGGAAUUGGACUUUUGUGCAAGUAUGUUACAUUCCGAUUACUGGUUUGGACUCUCAGGAAAAGAUCAAGUUUGGAAAUGGCCCAAUGGUACAGAGUUUACAAAUCAGUUUCCAGUGAAAGGAGAAGGCUUCUGUGCUUAUGUAAAUGGAAAAGGGGCCGAUAGUACCAUGUGCUCUGUGGAGAAACUUUUUCUUUGCAGCUAUCCAGAAGAUUGUCGCAAAACUUGAUAGAUAACCUCAUCAAAAGAUGGAAGUUCCUGGCUUAAUUGGAAUUCACUGGAGAAGCACAUGUGCCGUAUCUCUCCUCCAAUCACACAUCUGGAUUGGAUACUUGCCAAAUACAUUUUAGUUGUAAUCCAAAUGGAAAGAUGGAAUUAACUAUAAAUUGUACAUGGAUUUAAAUGUAAAACAUUUGGGCAGAAAAAAACUAACGGUAUAAGUACAGAUUAGGUGAGACCUGGCUCAAAAACAGUAACUGUGAAAGGGACCUUGGGAGUCCUAGUGGAUGAUUACUUGAAUAUGAGCCAGCAGUGUGUGGUGACAGCAAAAAAAAAAAAAACCUAAUAGAAUCCUGGGUUGUAUAAACAGAGGCAUAAAAUCAAAAUUACUUGAAGCAUUAAUACCACUUUAUAAAACCUUAGUAAGUAAGUAGCUUAGUGAUGGACAUUGAACAUCAAAAAUGUCAUCAAAAAAAGCACAACAAAGAAUGUUCUUUCUGUGCCAACUCAGGAAGCUCAAGCUGCCCAAGGAGCUGCUGAUACAAUUCUACAGAGGAAUUAUUGAGUCUGUCAUCUGCACCUUUAUAACUGGUUUGGUUCUGCAACCCAACGAGACAGACACAGACUUCAGAGGAUAAUUAGAACGAAAAAUGUAAACAAAAAUUAUUUUUUUUUAAAAAAAGAUUGUGUUGUAAAUAUGAUCUUGAAGUGAGCUCAAAUUGUAUUUUGAAUUUGUUUGGUAACUUUAUUUUAAUAUGUAUAGUAAUACGAUCAAAGUAUUACAGAAAAAACUUUCAUUAAAAUUAUUUUAUAUUUAUGCA